AUGGCACGCUCCGCUCUCUUAAUCGGAAACAUCACACAUGCUCGCAACGAGUGGGACGAGCUCAGCUCUCUGCUUGAGUUGAAGGAGUACAAGACUGGCUCAAGAGAUGAAUUCCUCUCCAAGCUAAAGUCUGGCGACUUCAACGACACCUUCGUUGUGUACCGCAGCAACGAAUCGACGGGCGUGACAGGUCCCUUUGACAAAGAGUUGGUUGAUCUGCUCCCCUCGAGCGUCAAAUACAUCACACACAACGGCGCUGGAUAUGACAAUAUCGACGUCAAGGCCUGCACUGCACGCGGCAUCCAGAUCUCGAGCACUCCCAUCGCUGUCAACGAUGCCACGGCUGACAUUGCCAUCUUCCUCAUGUUGGGAGCCUUGAGACGCAUCACUGUGCCUUUCAAUGCUGUUCGCAAAGGCGAAUGGCGUGGCAAGGCAUUUGGCCUCGGUCAUGACCCCAAGAACAAGGUCUUGGGUAUUCUCGGUAUGGGAGGCAUUGGAAAGGCUGUAGCCGAGAGAGCUGCUGCCUUUGGCAUGAAGAUCCAAUACCACAACCGCAACCCACUUCCCGCCGACAAGGCCGGAAACGCCAAAUACGUCUCGUUUGACGAUUUGAUCAAGACAUCAGAUGUUUUGAGUCUCAACCUCGCUCUCAACCCUUCCACGAAACACAUCAUAUCUACUGCACAAUUCGACAUGAUGAAGGACGGCGUUGUCAUUGUCAACACAGCCAGAGGACCCAUCAUCGACGAAGCCGCACUCGUCAAGGCCAUCCAGAGCGAAAAGGUCUUCUCGGCAGGUCUCGACGUCUUUGAGGAGGAACCCAAAAUCCACCCCGAGCUCAUCAGCGACGAUCGCGUCGUCCUGUUGCCUCACAUCGGUACUGCAACAUGGGAGACGCAAAAGGAUAUGGAGUUGUUGGUGCUGGAGAACUUGAGAUCGGCCGUUGAGAAGGGAGAGCUGGUGACUUUGAUACCCGAGCAGUCCAAGUGA